UGCAAGAAGCUAGGCAGAGGACGCGCCGGCCGGCCGGGAUGGCAUCGCCGCCGCCGCGAGUGUGCGUGACCGGAGGCGGCGGGUACAUCGGCUCGUGGCUCGUCAGGCUGCUCCUCUCCCGGGGCUACGCCGUGCACGCCACUCUCCGCGAUCCGUGUGAUCCCAAGAACGCGCAUCUGAAGCGGCUGGACGGGGCGUCGGAGCCGGAGAGGCUGCGGCUGUUCAAGGCCGACGUGCUCGACUCCGACGAGCUCUCGGUCGCCAUCGCCGGCUGCGAGGGGGUUUUCCAUGUCGCCUCUCCCGUGCCCGGAGACAAGGUCGUCGAUCCUGAGUCAGAAGUAAUGGCGCCUGCUGUAAAGGGCACACUGAAUGUCCUUCAAGUUUGCUCGUCUAGGAAGGUUCAGAAAGUUGUGGUGGUUUCAUCUACUUCUGCAGUUCAUUUUAACCCCAACUGGCCUCAAGGUAAACCCAAAGAUGAGAACUGCUGGUCAGACAGAAAGUUAUGCAUGGACAACGAGAAUUGGUAUCAUGUUUCCAAGAUUGUUGCUGAAAGGACAGCCUUGGAAUAUGCAGAGAAAACAGGGCUAAACAUUGUUACCGUAUGCCCUUGUUUAGUUUUUGGCCCACAGUUGCAACCAACUGUCAAUACCAGCAACGAACUCCUCAUCUAUGUAACAAAAGGAGGUCCAACCGUAAUGAAAAACAUCCUGUAUCACAUAGUCGAUGUCCGUGAUGUGGCUGAAGCUCUGCUUCUGGUAUAUGAGAAGCCAGAAUCAUAUGGCAGAUAUCUCUGUGCACCGGAUCACAUCAGCACAAAGGCUAUGGUGGAGUUUCUGAAGAGCAUGUAUCCCAAUUACAAUUAUGUAAAGUGUAGUGCUGACGCCGACAUAUUUACACCAAUAUCGUCAGAGAAACUGAAGAACCUGGGUUGGCAGCCAAGGAAACUGGAGGAGACGCUUGUAGAUAGCAUCGAGUACUACGAAAAGGAAGGAAUUCUGCAGGAUGCUGACGGAAAAUCUUGCGUUCUGCCGUACCUUUUCCGUUUUGCUGUUGAAAACUAAACAAAACACCGGAGAGACAGCGUUUCUUUGUACUAUCAUUGUACAUUUGUGCCGAGAAAUAAAGUCCACCAAAGAUCCCUCAACUAAUAUGUGAGCUCGUUUUUCGUCCCUUAACCGAAAUACUAUAAAUGUAUGCCUUUCAACUAAAUAAAACCGU